GCGGCGGGCGCCCGGGAAGGCUGGUCUCGCGAGAGCUCCGCUCCCUCUCCGUCGCGGCGGCCGCAGCUGCUGGCUGACCGGCGGGCAUGGACGCUCCCGAGGACUACGCUUGGCCGCGGGCCACCUCCGAGCUCAUGCUGCUCCCGGUCACGGGGCUGGAGUGCGUGCGGGAGCGGCUGCUGGCCGGUGAGGGGCCGGACAUGCUGGUGUACAGCCUGGAUUUUGGGGGGCACCUGCGGAUGAUGAAGCGAGUGCAGAACCUGCUCGGCCACUAUCUUAUCCACGGGUUCCGGGUGCGACCAGAGCCCAAAGGAGACCUUGACGUGGAGGCCAUGGUCGCCGCGUUCGGGAGCAAGGGCCUCCGAGUCGUGAAGAUGAGCUGGGGGCAGGGCCGCUUUCGGGAGCUAUGGCGCUCGGGCCUGUGGACCAUGCCCGACUGGGUCUGGGACGCACGCUGGCUCGAGGGGAACAUGGCCUUGGCCCUGGGCCACAACUCGGUGGUGUUAUACGACCCCGUCAUAGGCUGCCUCCUGCAGGACGUUCCCUGCACCGAGAGGUGCACCCUCUCCUCGGCCUGUCUGAUCGGCGACACCUGGAAGGAGCUGACCGUCGUGGCAGGUGCUGUUUCCAACCAGCUGCUGGUCUGGUACCCGGCGGCCGCGUUGGUGGACAGUAAGCCCGUGGCCCCUGACCGGCGGGUCAGUGGGCACGUGGGUGCCGUCUUCAGCAUGUCGUACCUGGAGAGCAAGGGCUUGCUGGCCACCGCGUCAGAAGACCGAAGUGUUCGCAUCUGGAAGGUGGGCGACCUGCGGGUGCCGGGGGGUCGGGUGCAGAGUAUUGGGCACUGCUUUGGGCACAGCGCCCGCGUGUGGCAGGUCAAGCUGCUGGAGAAUUACCUGGUCAGUGCGGGAGAGGACUGUGUCUGCUUGGUGUGGAGCCACGAAGGGGAGAUCCUCCAUGCUUUUCGGGGCCACCAGGGCCGUGGGAUCCGGGCCCUCGCUGCCCACGAGAAGCAAGCCUGGGUGAUCACGGGGGGUGACGACUCGGGCAUCCGGCUGUGGCACCUGGUAGGGCGUGGGCACCCAGGUUCCGGGGCCUCUGCUCUCUCCUUCAAGUCCCCCAGCAGGCCAGGUGCCCUCAAGGCUGUGACGCUGGCUGGCUCGUGGCGAGUGUUGGCGGUGACGGACUCAGGCGUCCUGUACCUCUAUGACCUUGAGGUCAAGUGCUGGGAGCUCCUGCUGGAGGACAAGCGCUUCCAGUCCUACUGCCUUCUGGAGGCAGCCCCCGGGCCGGAGGGCUUCGGGCUGUGCGCCAUGGCCAACGGGGAGGGGCACGUCAAGGUGGUCCCCAUCAACACGCCCACGGCGGCCGUGGACCUGGCCCUGUUCCCGGGCAAGGUGCACAGCGUGAGCUGGGCCCUGCGUGGCUACGAGGAGCUGCUGCUGCUGGCGUCGGGCCCCGGCGGCGUGGUGGCCUGCCUGGAGGUCACGGCCGCCCCCUCCGGCAAGGCCAUCUUCGUCCAGGAACGUUGCCGGUACCGGCUGCCUCCCAGCAAGCAGCGAUGGCACACGUGCAGUGCCUUCCUGCCCCCGGGCGACUUCCUGGUGUGUGGGGACCGACGGGGCUCGGUGCUGCUGUUCCCCUCCAGGCCGGCUCUGCUCCAGGAUCUGGGGCUUGGAGGCCAGGCCGAGGCUGGUGCCGGAGACCUCGGCGGGGGUGGAGACGGUGGCGAGGGGGAGACCGCCUUGACUGAGUGGGGCCCCGUGUCCAUCCUCCGGUCCCUGCACGGGAAGCAGGGUGUGACCUCGGUCACCUGCCAUGGUGGCUUCGUGUACAGCACCGGGCGCGACGGUGCCUACUACCAGCUCCUCGUGCGAGGCAGCCAGCUGCAGCCCGUCCUGCGGCGGAAGUGCUGUCGGGGCAUGAGCUGGGUGGCCGGGCUGCGUGUGAUGGCUGAUGGGAGCACGGUCAUCCUGGGUUUCCACGCCAACGAGUUCGUGGUGUGGAGCCCCCGGUCGCACGAGAAGCUGCACGUGGUCCCCUGCGGCGGCGGCCACCGCUCCUGGGCCUUCUCGGACACCGAGGCGGCCAUGGCCUUUGCCUGCCUCAAGGACGGUGACGUCCUGCUGUACCGGGCUCUCGGCGGCUGCACCCGGCCACAUGUGCUGCUCCGGGAGAGCCUGCAUGGCCGGGAGAUCACGUGUGUCAAGCGUGUGGGCACCAUCACGCUGGGGCCCGAGUUCGAGCUGCCCAGCUUCAUGCAGCCCGAGGACCUGGAGCCGGGCAGCGAGGGGCCCAGCCUGAUCGACAUCGUGAUCACGUGCAGCGAGGACACCACCAUCUGUGUCCUGGCGCUGCCCACGGCGACGGGCUCCGCCCACGCGCUGACAGCCGUCUGUAACCACAUCUCCUCGGUGCGCGCCGUGGCCGUGUGGGGCGUUAGCACCCCAGCUGGCCCUCAGGAUCCUCGCCCGGGCCUGACUGCCCGCGUGGUGUCUGCGGGGGGCCGGGCGGAGAUGCACUGCUUCAACAUCACGGUCACCCUGGACCCCAGCGCCCCGAGCCGCCUCGCCUGCCACGUCAUGCACCUCUCAUCCCACCGGCUGGACGAGGACUGGGCCUCUCGGCGCGGCCGGCACCGCAUGGUCAAGGUGGACCCAGAGACCAGGUACAUGUGCCUAGCCGUGUGUGAGCUUGACCCGCCUGACCUCGGCCCCCUCGUGGCUGCAGCCUGUAGUGACGGCGCAGUGCGGCUCUUCCAUUUGCAGGACUCCGGGCGGCGGCUGCAGCUCUUGGCAGAAACCUUCCACCACCAGCGCUGUGUCCUCAAGGUCCACUCCUUCACACACCAGGCGCCCAGCCAGCGGCGGAGACUGCUCCUGUGCAGCGCGGCCACCGAUGGCAGCCUGGCCUUCUGGGACCUCACCACGGUGCUGGACCACGGCUCCGCUGCCCUGGAGCCUCCCGCAGACCCCGGGCUGCCCUAUCGGCUGGGCCCCCCCUGCCUGACGGUCCAGGCUCACAGCUGUGGCGUCAACAGCCUGCACACCCUGCCCACACGCGAGGGCCACCUCGUGGCGAGUGGCAGCGAGGAUGGCUCCCUCCACGUCUUCGUGCUUGCCGUGGAGUUGCCAGAGCGGGACGAGGCUGGGGGGGGUGCCGAGCUGGCCCCCCAGCUGCACGUGCUGGAGGAGCACUCGGUCCCCUGUGCACAUGCUGCUCACGUGACAGGCCUCCACGUGCUGAGCCCCAGCCUCAUGGUCUCCGCCUCCAUUGAUCAGCGGCUGACCUUCUGGCGCCUGGGGCAUGGCGAACCCACCUUCAUCAACAGCACAGUGUACCACGUGCCCGACGUGGCCGACAUGGACUGCUGGCCCGUGAGCCCCGAGUUUGGUCACCGCUGUGCUCUUGGGGGCCAGGGACUCGAGGUUUACAACUGGUACGACUGAGGGGCCCCGUGGUGGCUGGCACUUGGGCGUGGGGCCUGCUCACAGGCAGGGGAGUGGAGUGAUGUCUGUGCCCAGGCCCAGCGUGCG